AGUGAUGGGGGCCUCCAUGCGGUAGACAGCGUCGGCUAAAAUCUUUCAUAUGAUUGUUACGCAAACGCAUGUCUGCUGGUGAUUUGUCAGACUUGGCCCUCCCUCUCUGUAGGUAACUUAUUAAAAGAGUUUGCAGGCGGAGCCGGGCACCGAAUGGGAUAUAUUGGGUGGGUACAUCAUCGCGCACCGGGUACGACUCUGUCCUUUCAGGAAAUUUGUGGGGGACUUGAGUGUAAAACGCGUACCUAGGCCACCCAACACAGAAGCAACAAUCGUCUAAAAGGGAAGUUUAAACGAAUCCAAAAUGCCGGCAAACAAAGACAGUGAUGGUGGAUGGAGGAGCUUUCUCUGGAAUUCUGAAAGAAAGGAAUUUUUGGGACGUACAGGAAGCAGCUGGUUUAAAAUUUUCAUCUUCUACGUGGUCUUCUACGGCUGCUUAGCUGGCAUUUUCAUUGGCACCAUCCAGGCUUUGCUGCUGACCCUUAGUAACUACAAGCCCACGUACCAGGACAGAGUCGCACCCCCAGGUUUAUCGCACACUCCACGGUCGGAAAAGGGAGAAAUCCAGUUUUCCAUGGUUGACCCAGCAUCAUACACUGACAGCGUGGCUGCUAUAGAUAAACUGCUGGGCACCUACGACGCUCAGAAGCAGGAGGAUAUGACCAAGUUUGAAGAUUGUGGUGGUGAAACAGCAGGUGACUACAAGGAGCGUGGUCCCCUGGACGGUGAGGGAGGCGUGAGGAGGGCCUGCCGCUUCGACAGGGACUGGCUGGGCAGCUGCUCCGGCUCCGACCCCAGCUACGGCUUCAAGGACGGCAAACCCUGCCUCAUUGUCAAGCUCAACCGCAUUGUCUUCUUCAGACCAAGGGCUCCUGCUAGCAACGGCACCAUCCCUGCUGAGGCCCAGUCUCGGUCCCUGGGCAACACAAUUCCCAUGUACUGCACCACCAGGAGAGAGGAGGACAAAGGCAAGGUGACCGACAUCCAGUACUUCGGCUUCCAGGGCGGCUUCCCCAUGCAGUACUAUCCCUACUACGGCAAGGCCCUGCACCCCCAGUACCUGCAGCCGCUGGUGGCCGUCAAGUUCAACAACCUCACCUACAACGAGGACCUGCGCAUCGAGUGCAAAGUGUAUGGAGCCAACAUUGGGUACAGCGAGAAAGAUCGCUACCAGGGACGCUUUGAAGUCAAACUGCACGUCAAGUCCUCAUGACCACAGCUAUGAUCCAUAUAGCACUGUUCUCUGCUCAUUUCAACACAUACUGAAUUAGCAACAAAAAAUUGAAAAAAUCAAAAAUAAAAACUGAUUAAAAAAAAAGUGCAAAAAAAGAAAAAAACACGACUAGUCUUGAACAAAACUCUCAUAACCUAUGGGACCUACACUUAAUCUGUAUGCUUUACACUAGCUUUCUCUGCAUAUGUCUAGGGAUAGAAUGUAAAUUACAAGGAAGCGAUAGCAGGUAGCAAUAGCAAAAGUAUUUAUUCUACUGUAAAUGAAAAUAUUCCUUGAGCCAUGGGACAUUGUUCAUUUAUGACUGUAAAUUAUGAUUCCACUACUACUGAUGUAGCGAGCAGUGUUUUCUGUCCCCUAAGUAUUUCUGCCUAGUGUGGUUUCUAUAUAUUUUGGAGUGUGCAGUGCUGUAAUCGCAUACAGUGGUCCUUUCCAAGCCAUGGUGUAAUUUCUGUCGUCUUAUGUGAGUACGCUUUAGUGGUCCAAGGUGUGUGUGUGUGUGUGUGUGUGUGUGUGCGCGCGCGCACGUCUUUCUGUGUACGUCACCCUAAAUGUUUGUCUAUGUGUACAUGUGUGGGCUUUGUAGUAAUUUUGUGUGUGUGUCUGUAUGCGAAAGAGAACGUGUGUCUGUAUGAGUAUGAAUGUGUGUGUGUGUGUGUGUGUGUGUGUGGUGCAGUGAGAAAGGACGUAUGUACUUGACUAACUGAAAAUACUGGCAUGGUACACCCUAGUCUCUUGAGUUUUGUGUGUGUGCAUGUGAGUGUGUGUGUGUGGAGGGCUGCGCUUGGUGGAAUCCAUCUAUUUGUCUCUUGUGUCUUUUCAUUUGAUCAUGGGAAAUUUUAAUUUUUAUGUCACAUUUUUUCCUCCUUUCUUUUUUUCUUCUUUUGGAUCAUCUUGCGAUGGGUUAUGGGGGUUGAUUUACAUUUCUGUUGAAUACUUUUUUUUCCUCCUUCCUUUAACUUUUCACGUCUAGACCAGUGUGUGUUUCAGCCUAAAUGUUUUGUCACCUUAGCGGCAAAAGUGGCAACUCAGAGCUUUCAAAAAAAAAACUUCUUUUUGUUGCUGGAGACAUCACAAUGUGGUGUAACUUUCUAAUGAAUGUUUUAGCCAUUUUCAUGGUGGAAGAGUUUUAUAUUUAUGCAGUUGUACAAUUUUUUUUUCUGCAGGAAAAAAAGUGUAAUGUUUGAAUCCAAAAUACCAAAGUCACUGGUCACAAACGUUAGAGAUACUCAUCAGAUGCAAUGCAGUACCCCUUGUAAUAGGAUGUUUUGUCGGUGUUUGAAGUGAAUUUCAAUGUUGAAACAUCAGAACAUCUUGUCAAGAGUUUCGACCACUCUUGUCAUUUUAUUUAAUCUGAAAAAGACCUAAACAAAAUAAAACAGACAAUACUUUGUCAGA